AGUUGUCCUGAGUUUGUGGGGGGCGGGAACGUUUUCGGAUCCGCGCGACAGAAUGACUGAAGAGGUUUCAGCCGCGCCCGCUGCUGCGCUCCCGGCUGUAAAGGCACCCGCCAAAAAGGCCAAGAAGGCGACGGGCGGUCCGAAGUCCCGCAAGCUCUCAGGCCCCAGCGUCACGGAGCUGCUGACCCAGGCGGUGGCGGCCUCCAAGGAGCGCGGCGGGGUCUCCCUGGCCGCGCUGAAGAAGUCCUUGGCGGCCUCCGGCUACGAUGUGGAGAAGAACAACAGCCGCAUCAAGCUGGGCCUGAAGAGCCUGGUGACCAAAGGGACUCUGCUGCAGACCAAGGGCACCGGCGCCUCGGGCUCCUUCAAGCUCAACAAGAAGCAGGCAGAGGACAAGGGCAAGGCGGCCAAGAAGCAGCAGGCGCCUGCCGCGGCGGCAUCCAAAGCCAAGAAGCCUGCAGCCAAGAAGCCCACCAGUGCUGCCGCUAAGAAAGUGAAAAAGGCGGUGGGGGCAGUCGCGUCCAAGAAAAACGUUAAGGUGACAAAGAAGCCUGUAGGAGGCGCCAAGAAGGCAGCCAAGAGUCCCAAGAAGCCCAAAGCGGCGAAAGCCAAGAAGAUCGCCAAGAGUCCCGCGAAGUUGGGCAAGGCCAAGGUGAAGCCCAAGGCUAAAAUGGCCAAGCCCAAGAAGGCGGCGUCAAAGAAGAAAUGAGAAGGAUCUUCCUCGAGUGAGAAAAAAUGCUCGUUUAAACCCCAAAAGGCUCUUUUAAGAGCCACCCACCUACUCGAGAUUAAGUGCUGACUUCUGCUAUUGUAUAUUUCCGACUUAUUUCGGUUGUCCUGUUUAUAUUUUUUUUUUAAUAAAAGGGGUGGUGAAGGUGAAA